AUGGCGGUGCUGAGUGCGCAGACUUCCACAAAGAGCAGGUCCCAGACUGUAGCCUCGAACACAUUUGUUGGGCCUACUGUUGCGAAGGUGCCCGCCAGUCCUGUAUGCGAUGCGGAUCCCAAGGUACUAAUCACGGUAGGCGUCUAUCAACAUAGCAGAGAACAUGAUAUUGAAGAGGGUAGGCGGCAGAACGCAGUCAUGCUUCACUCCAUUGGCCCCUGCGAAGGCUUCGGACACCGAUCCGUUGUCAGUGACCCGUGCCGCUAUCCCGUCGUGGAGUUGUCGAAGCAUGUGCGCGGACCCCUUAGGACAGCCGAAUCUCUGCAUGGUUUCCCGGACUUCAUUGUAGUUAACUGUGCCAAAGGCUUUCGUCAGCUCCAAAAAGAUGGGGGUAUAGAGACGGACGAUGGUCACGUCUUUGAAACCCUAAGGAACCUGUCCUUGGUUUCAACUCUCUCGGAAUGA